AUGUUGGACUGGUUAUUGAAGCCAAAAUUCUAUACAAAAUGCAACUCGUGCGUGAAGUUAAUAAAGUUGAGGCUAGAGUUCUUACUGAAUAAGAGGAACGCAGUGCUUAAAUUUCUUAAGAAAGAUAUCGCCGACCUUCUUAGCAGUGGCCUUGAUUACAAGGCAUAUGAAAGGGCUGGAGCGCUUCUGAUCGAGCAAAAUAAAUUGUCUUGCUACGAACUUGUUGCAAACUUUGUUGGAUGCAUUUUCGAUCAUCUUGAAGACUUUUAUAAGCAGAGGGAUUGCCCUGAUGAUUGUAAGGAAGCUAUACCAUCGUUGAUGUAUGCUGCUGCUAGGUUUUCAGAUUUGCCGGAAUUGCGUGAGCUCAGAACUUUGUUUAGCAAGAAAUUUGGGAAUUCUCUUGAAUCUUGUAUAAGUAAAGAGUUGAGGUUUGUUGAGAAAUUGAGGUCAGAUCCUCCUUCGAAAGAAUUGAGCAUCCAGUUAUUGCAUGAUUUAGCACAAGAAUUCUCUAUAGAAUGGCAUAGCAAAACUUUGGAGCAAAGAUUUUUUUCACAGCUUCUUCCAGAGCCUAAACAUGAUCCACUAAAUGAUUAUGAUGAUGCAAAGGGGCACAAGAACAACAAUUUUGCCAUCCCAAGAAUAGAAGACCUGGUUACUAGGGGCGAAGAGAGAGAUAAAAGAGACCACCCUACAUCUAAAGGAUAUGAAAGAUACAUCCUAUCUAAAGAAAGGUCAUGGAGGCUGCAAAGCAGCAGUGGUGAUGAAACAACCACUGAAUAUUCAACCCAGGGUGGCUCAAAGGCUCGUUCAAGUUCAUUAGAAAGUGUAUCUGAGGAUGAAUUAGAAAUCAAGGAGUCAUUUUCCAUUAAGCUUGUUCCACCUUCUUAUGUCCAAGAAAAAUUUAAUAAAGGUGAAAACAAUUUCAAGAAAACAACAGAAUCUGAAGCUCUAACUGAGGAGGAGUCAAAUCAUGAUCUUCGUGAACCAGUUGUUCAAAGAAAUCAAAUACCAAGAUCAGUCAGGCAGAGACAUCUCAAACCACCACCCGGCAAUGAUAAUGUUUCAGAUUCUAAAAUUGGUAUCACUAUUGCAAAGCUAGAUUCCAGUGGAAUGAAGUCAGAGAAAGCAAAGGAAGAAGGUGAUUCAAGGGAUAGUGAAGAAAGGAUGAUCGAUGAUGAGCUUUUAAUGCAUUGCGGUAAGAAACAACAUGACGUCGUUUUGGGCAAAAAUCAUGGUAUUUUAUCAGGCAUAGGAAAAGCAAAUACAAGUGCUGACCCUUCUCAACAAGGACAUCAUAAUAGGCAAAAGAGAAGGCAUGCAAAAUCAGAUUUUGGAGCGACAUCUCUUCCCGCUGAAGAAACAGUUUCCAAGCAAGCAUUAAAAGGAAAAUCAGAUUUUGGAGCGACAUCUCUUCCCCCUGAAGAAACAAAAGGGCUUGCAAAAUCAGAUUUUGGAGCGACAUCUCUUCCCCCUGAAGAAACAGUUUCCAAGCAAGCAUUAAAAGGGCAUGCAAAAUCAGAUUUUGGAGCGACAUCUCUUCCCCCUGAAGAGACAGUUUCCAAGCAAACAUCAAAAGGGCAUGCACGUGCAAUUUCAUUGGAACCGCAAAUGUUAAGGGACCCUGCUCAUGUGCAUCCUAGGCUACCAGAUUAUGAUGAAUUGCAUGCUCGCUUUACAGCUCAGAGGAAGAUAGCCCCACCACCUUAA